AUGGCUUCACUAUCUGUAGAAGAGCUUUCUUGUCCCGUAUGCUGUGACAUCUACAAGAAUCCCGUUUUUCUGUCGUGUAGUCACAGUGUCUGUAAAGAGUGCCUUCAACGGUUCUGGAGAAGCAAGAAAACUCAGGAGUGUCCCGUCUGCAGAAGAAGAUCAUCGAAAGAAUAUCCUCCUCCUAAUCUUGUGUUAAAAAACUUGUGUGAGUCGUUCCUGAAGGAAAGAAAGGAGAGGCGUUCAUCAGGAUCUGAGGAGAUCUGCAGUUUACACACUCCUGUGAUUCUGGAUCCAAACACGGCUCAUCGAUCUCUCGUUCUGUCUGAUGAUCUGACCAGUGUGAGAGUCAGCCGUUAUCAACCUGUUCCUCAUAAUCCAGAGAGAUUUGACUGUUAUUCCUGUGUUCUGGGUUCAGAGGGUUUUAACUCAGGAACACACUGCUGGGAUGUUGAGGUUAAACAGAGUAAAUACUGGAGUCUUGGAGUAACUACAAACCAGAGGAAGGGACGUGAUUUCUAUAAGACUGGUGUAUGGUGUGUGGAGUAUCAUCAGUACAGAGUGUCUUUAGGUUCUGGUUUUCGUGUUAAACAGCAGCUUGAUCGAGUGAGAGUGAAUCUGGACUAUAACAGAGGAACAGUGUUAUUCUCUGAUCCU